AGCCGUGUUUACAAAAAUGAUAGACCACGACGUCGCCUCAUGGAAUGCUUUCCUUUCAGCAAAUGCCCGCUCGGGGCAUAUUUCCUGCGCGGCAGAACUCUUUUCCACAAUGAGUCUCGAGGGCUUCCUCGCGAAUCCAAUCACCUUUGUGGGUAUUUUGCUCGGAUUCGGGCACGCGGGGAUGCUAGACACCGCACUGAGACACUUCCAUUCCAUGUCCCCCGACUUUGCCAUCACUGCAUCCAAGGACCACUUCUGCUGCAUGGCCGACGCCCUCUGCCGCGCGGGCAGGCUGGCCGACGCCGAGGAGCUCGUCCAAAGCAUGCCCUUUGCGCCGGACGAGAUUGCGUGGGCGAGCCUGCUGGGCGCGUGUAGGAGCUACGGCGACGUGGAGCGUGGCAAUCGCGCGGCCGGGAGGCUGCUGGAGAUUGGAGACAAGUCGUGCUUCUUGCAAUACCAGUCCUUCUAAGUUUACUUUUAGGGCUCCUCGCGAGAACUUUCUCGAUGGUGACUAAAUCGUCGUCGCCAUGCUAUCGCCCCUGCGAGCACCUGGUGGACUACAAAUCCAAGCACAGCACCCGGGGCUUCCGCGCGCUCCAGCGAUGCAUCGUCGUCCUCCCACCGGGCCGGCCCAGCGUGCGCACUUUGAGCUGCGACGAGGAUCCAGUCCCCAGGUGCGCGUCCUGUGCCAAGUCCCACGGCCGCCUCUACGCUUGCCUCAUCUGUUCCACCAUCAGCUGCUACUCUUCCAGCUCCAGCCACGCUCGAUCUCACGCGCUGGAGCUCCCGGGCCACGAGCUCGCCAUCGAUCUUGACCGCGCCGAGCUCUUUUGCUGCAUUUGCAACGAUCAAGUCUACGACGCCGACUUCGACUGGGUCGUCGUGUGCGCUCAGUCUGGAAAGAAGCACAGCGUCGUAAGUAGCGGGAGUGGAAACGCUGGCGGUGGUGGUGAUGGUUGCGGCGGAGAUAGUGGAAAUGGUGCCAGCCUUCUGGCAAAGCAUACCUCUUUCUCGAACGGGAGGACGAGUGGAAACGCUGGCGGUGGUGGCGGAGAUAGAAUCGAUGGUGGAAAAAGUGCUAGUUCUCUGGCAAAGUGUACCUCUUUCUCCAACGGGAGGACGGCUCCUCCUCUCAAUGUGUAUAGCCGGAAGAGGAACCGAGGGGCCGAGUACAAGCCGUGGGAGCCGAGCUCCAAGGACCCGCUUGUGCUCGAGCGCGGCGCCGCUCCUCUCGGACUCCGGGGCCUCACCAACAUGGGCAGCACUUGCUUCAUGAACUCGGUGCUCCAGGCGCUGCUCCACACGCCGCCUCUCCGGAGCUACUUUCUCGGUCACUGCCACAACAAGGCUGCCUGCCAGAGCAAAGUCUGCCUUGGAUGCGACAUGGACGACAUGUUCGCGGCAGCUUUCUCCGGGGACCGGACGCCAUACAGCCCUGCACAGUUCCUCUACAGGCGAGUGAAAGAGCUCUUUUCUUCUUUUUCUUUCCCCUCUCAUGAAAAGUACCUCUUUCUUUUUUCUUUCUUGAACAGCUGGUGGCAACACGCUGCAAAUCUGGCAGGCUACGAGCAGCAGGACGCGCACGAUUUCUUUAUCUCGGCAGUGGAAGGCAUCCACGCCAACUCGCAGCAGCCUGAACUUCGCAAGGGGAACGACGCCGAGUGCCGCUGCAUUGUCCAUCGGGUCUUCUCCGGCUUGCUGCGAUCGGACGUAACUUGCACGGCAUGCGGCUUCACGUCUACCAAGAACGAUCCCUGCGUGGACAUUUCUCUGGAUCUGGAGUCGACGGCGCUGGAGAAGCAGAUAUACGCGAGCUCGUCCACGCUGCUGGGCUGCCUGGACCGCUUUACCAGGCCGGAGAGGCUGGGCAGCAACGAGAGGUUCUUCUGCGAGUCGUGUCAGUCUAGACAGGAGGCCGUGAAACAAAUGUCAGUGAGAAAGCUACCGGUGGUGCUGUGCUUCCACGUCAAGAGAUUCGAGCACUCGGCCAAGAACUACCGCAAGGUGGACACAUACGUGCAGUUCCCACUGUCGCUGAACAUGGCUUGCUACCUCUCCUCGUCGAUAGCGAGGCUCAGGCACGGCAACAGGCUCAUUUUUGUAGAAGGAAAAGGAGAGCUUGGCGGUGACAACGAUAGCGGUAGCACGAGUCCCUCGUCCGAGUUUGAGCUUUUUGCAGUAGUCAGCCACUCUGGCAAGCUCGACGGUGGCCACUACGUCGCCUAUCUCCGCCUGGGGGGCGAGUGGUACAAGUGCGACGACGCCUGGAUAACAAGAGUUGGCGAAAGCGUGGUGAGAGCAACGCAAGCUUACAUGCUCUACUACGUCCAGAGAUCGUUGUCGGACGAGUCGAGCACCACCAUUCCGGAACGCUUUAAUCAGCACCAAACCUUAGUACUAGACGAGAAGAUAGGAUACACUUCUCUCCUGGCGGACGCUGUCCAGGCUUAGAGCAGUCACUCAAGAGAUUCAAAACCGAUGAUUGUUGAGAAUUAAACAUCUGCAUUGCAAAACAAAAUCACACACGUCCCUAUCGAGGACGAAGGUAGUAGCACUAAAGGAAAAAUAUGAAAAAAGAAAAACAAA